AUGAAUCACAAAAACAAACGCCCCUAUUAUGAUGUCCAGAUCUCGAAUACGGGAUCUACCCGUAACAACGGCACAUACCAAGUCCCACGUGAUAGCAACGACCCUAUCCCGAACAAGCAAAACCAAAACACCGCAACCAUGGUUCACGACCACCACUCCCAACGUCACUCCAACUUCCAAGAUCGCAAGAGAGAGAGAAAAAAAAAGAGAAACCACCCCUCACCUCUAAGCCCUAACCUACCACACCAAAGACCAGCAACGUACAAUGCCCGACCCGCCGAAAUCCUCAACCGUCCCAGACCACCAUCCCCACAGAACCAUAGGAUCUUCGACUCCUGGAAUUCCUCUUCAACAGGGCACCAGCGCGCAGACGGAAAAGAGCAAACCAUCACAUGGAGGGACCUCCGUACCGACAAACUCGGGCGACAAUUCAAAACCGGACACUGUGAUGACUCGAGCGGGCCUUCAAUGGCCUUUGAUGGAACAUGUGGAUCAUCGCCGGAGGAGCAAAAAGGAGAGUGGAGAUGGGUUGAUGAGGAGGAGGCGAAGCGCGCAAAACUAGGCGUCAUGGACAUUCGAAAUUUCAUGGGAGUUAGCAAGCGCAAAGCGCCUGCACCCGAGACUGUUAUGGAGAUCGAGGGAAAGAAAAAGAAACAGAAAGUCGAUACCAGCCAUGCUCUAGCAUAUGCACCGGUUCUCUCAUGCUCUACGCCGAUUUCUCCGUCCAAAUCGCCCAUCAAUAGGCCGUCGAAGCCUGUAACCUCUACUUCAUUAUCUACUUCGACCUCAAUCUCAACUGACCCCACACGUCCCCAAUCGAGGAUCUUCGCCGGAACAGCCGUCUAUGUAAACGGCUCGACAAUGCCGCAAAUCUCAGAUCACAGACUCAAACACCUCCUCGUUUCCCACGGCGCGCGAAUCUCCACUUUCAUGGCGCGCAAGACUGUUUCUCACAUUAUAAUCGGCCAACCGGGUUCUACCUCCUCUGGUGCAGGCGGAGGAUUAUCAGCGAGGAAACUGCAACAGGAAAUUGAAAGGGGUGGAUGGAAGGGUAUCAAAGUUGUGGGUGUUGAUUGGGCUCUUCAAAGUAUCAACGCGGGUAAACGGCUUUCCGAGUCGAGGUUUGCCGUUUUGAAUAUUGCGCCGCAAGGGCAGAGGAGUGUUUUGGGGAUGUUGCUGAAGUAA